ACCAAACAUAUAUAUAACAAAAAACAUCUGAAGUCUCAAGCUUAUAUUGCAAAGUUUUAUUACAUAUAUAUAUUAGAGUUCUAUAUAUUAUCAUCAUGAUCAUGAAGAUAUCAAUGGCCAUGUGCAAACAGCCAUUACCUCCUUCGCCGGCGUUAGACUUCCCCCCGGCGAGAUUUGGUCCCAAUAUGCUAAAUCUUAACCCAUACGGUCCAAAGGAUAAAGUAGUGGUCAUCAUGGGUGCUACCGGAACAGGCAAAUCACGACUCUCUGUCGAUUUAGCCACACGUUUUCCGGCGGAGAUCAUAAACUCCGACAAGAUCCAAGUCCAUCAAGGUCUCGACAUUGUCACUAACAAGAUCACGGCCGAUGAGAGCUGCGGAGUACCGCACCAUCUCCUCGGCGUCUUGCCUCCUGAAGCCGACUUAACCGCCUCGAAUUUCCGCCACAUGGCGAAUCUCUCAGUUGAAUCUGUCAUUAACCGUGGAAAGCUUCCGAUAAUCGUUGGAGGUUCCAACUCUUACGUUGAGGCUCUAGUCGACGACGAAGACUACACAUUCAGGUCGAGAUACGACUGUUGUUUUCUGUGGGUCGACGUAAAACUUGACGUUUUGCGUGGAUUUGUGUCUGAGAGAGUCGACAAGAUGGUGGAGAAGGGAAUGGUUGAGGAAGUUCGAGAAAUUUUUGACUUUUCGGAUUCCGAUUACUCGAGAGGGAUCAAGAAAGCAAUCGGAGUUCCAGAGUUUGACAGGUUUUUCAGAAACGAGCCAUUCUUGAAUGUGGGAGACAAAGAAGAGCUGUUGAGUAAAGUGGUUGAAGAAAUAAAGAGAAACACUUUCGGUUUAGCUUGUAGACAAAGAGAUAAGAUUGAUCGGCUAAUAAAGAUCAAGAAGUGGUGCAUUCAGAGAUUGGAUGCGACUCCGGUUUUCACACGACGGAGGUCGACGGUGGAUGCUGACGUGGCAUGGGAGAAGCUGGUGGCUGGACCAAGCACCGAUGCUGUGUCACGGUUCCUGCUUGACAUUGCCAGCCGUCGACCGCUGGUGGAAGCAUCAAGCGCGGCCGUAGCGGUUGCGGCGGCCAGGGAACGCGAGAUGUCGCGGUGUCUAGUGGCGUAAUCAGCUGUGACAGAAAGAUAAGGCUGGAUUCGGCAAAUGUGGUUAAUUUACACCAUGCGUUUUUUUGUGACUAUGACGUGGCAGUGUGCAGUAAUUCGCAAAGACUACGAUGAGUGGGGAAAAUAUACCAGAAAAUAAAGCUAAUAUCAUCUAUAUAUAUUAUAUAUGCAUCGUAUAUAGUAUUGUCAGAUACUGAAAUUUUGGCAUAACGGUUAUUCAGUAUUAUCAUCCACUUUUUGGAUGCAAGUGAAGACUCUAAGUGGAAUGCUAUAUCUGGAAGUGGGACUUCCUCGCUUGUAACUAUUUAAUUUUAUAAUACGAUGACUAAGUUUGAGUGGGCC